AUGUGGGUACAGCCCGCAUAUGUUGUGAAAAUAUCGUUGACGCGUUUGUUUGACUUUGUUUCGACAGGGCGCAGACGUCACGCUUACCGGAGGGUGUUCCCAAUCAUCGUGGGCACGUACAUGAUCAUGUCGGCCGUCCUUAUACCGUUGGGCUUCAUGUUCAUGUCCACGCUGGGUGGCAAGGCGCUGUUGGUCAGCAAAAUGGCUCUAAUGGUGUCACUGAUGAGCAACAUCAAAAAGAUAUUCUCGUACGAGUAUUACGUGCCGCCAGCACCGGCGGCCGGUCACCAGCACUGGAAGCGAACGCUGCUGGCGCACCGCACCACCGCCGGUCCGCUGUACUCGUCGUACACCGCCUACUGA